GUACACACCAAGACUGUGAAUGAUGAAGAGGAAGGUAGAAAAGCUGUGUUCACCAGGCAGAUGCUUUGCUGUGGAGGAAGACUUUGCAGCCAUGCUCUGACUUGUUACAGCAUCACUGUGGCUUGUCAUUCUGCAUUUUGCAAAAUGCUUUGGCUCGUGGAGAAGCUGCGUAGCCGGGGGGGGCCCUGGGCAGUGACCUGCAGUCUGUCUCAGGACCAUCCUCUGAGACGUAAUUCAAGGAUCCUCUUUGCAAGCUCAGUGCUUAACCUGGCUGAACUCGCUGCCCUCCGCCCUGACCUUGGCAAAUUGAAAAAGGUCCUCUACUUCCAUGAGAACCAAUUGGCGUAUCCUGUCCAGAAAUGCCAGGAAAGGGAUUUUCAGUAUGGAUACAACCAGGUUCUUUCAUGUUUGGUUGCUGAUGCUGUGGUGUUCAACUCUGCUUUUAAUAUGGAAUCAUUUCUUACAUCCAUUGGAAAAUUUAUGAAGCUGAUUCCUGACCACAGACCUAAGGAUUUGGAAAAAAUAAUCAGACCGAAGUGCCAAGUUCUUUAUUUUCCAGUCAGGUUUCCUGAUGUGAGCAGGUUCAUGCCAGAGCAUAAGCUCGCCUGUUUGGAAAAGGUAGUUGGUGUUGAAGGAGAUGGAGCUGGUUGUCAGUCGGGGGCUCUGCCUGGCCAGCAGAAGAGCAGAGCUGUAAUGAAAACCAGCGACGUGCACUGUGGGUCUGGACUUUGUGAGUCCCAGGCUGGACUCGGCACCACACAGCACGAGGGGCUGCCUUCCCCACUCACAGCCCUGGCGAGACCCAUCCAGGCCGAGGCAUCAGAAGGCACAAAUCCCUGUCAAGAGGAAGAUAAGCAGUGUCUGACUUUUAACCUCUCUAAUAUCUUGAGUGGACAGGACUAUCAGCAAAGACCCCUGCACAUUGCCUGGCCUCACAGGUGGGAACAUGACAAAGACCCUGAAACUUUCUUUAAAGUCCUGAUGAAGCUGAAAGAGGAAGAUCUGCCUUUCCAUGUGUCCAUCCUCGGAGAGACUUUCAGUGAAGUUCCAGAUAUCUUUUCAGAGGCCAAAAAGGUGUUGGGAUCGUCCAUCUUGCACUGGGGCUACUUGCCCAGCAGAGAUGACUAUUUCCAGGCUCUGUGCACGGCCGACGUUGUCAUCUCGACAGCGAAACACGAAUUCUUUGGCGUGGCAAUGAUCGAAGCUGUGCAUUGUGGCUGCUACCCGCUGUGUCCCAAAGCCUUGGUGUACCCAGAGAUAUUCCCAGCUGAAUAUCUGUAUUCUACACCUGAACAGCUUUUUAAAAGGCUUCAGAAUUUCUGCAAGAGACCAGAUAUUGUAAGGAAACAUCUCUAUAAGAUGAAGCACUGAAUGUAUUAUUCCAGUGAAGAACUGUUACUACACAAUGCUGCUUUUAGGAGAAUAACUGCUAUUUUCUGCAUGCUGAUAUGUACAUUCACAGCGGUUUAUGACUUUUACUGUCCUGGCUCUGCCGUGGGUAGGUUGGAUACACGUCACCCCUGCAUGACAGAGGUUUUUCAGUUGUAAAAAAAACCUGAAUUCAGCUCAAAGUCCUUAAAGGGGUGCAUGGAAACGCUCCCUGGGUUAACCCGUGCAGUACAAGCGUGGUUUCUUGAGCGUUCCCUGGCUGUUGCUGUCCAGGCACAUUGUUAAUGAGCAAGGCGAGUAAUAUCCUCCUUAAUUUGGAGUCUUGUGCUGCCAGCAGACCCAACCUCACCCCUCCACCUCCCUCCCACUGGGGACCAGAAAGUGUUGGGUCCUGCUGUGUCUCGUCUGCCUUCGACCCCUCGCGGGAGCAGCGAGGGUUCAGCCCACGCCUUGACUUUUUUUGUGACCUAAAAGUAGACAUUUACAUAAUGACACAUCAAAGAUGAUGUUGUUUCUGCAGGAAACAGUUAAACCUCAAGAAAAAAGGAGAGAACCAAAAAUGCAAUUUAACACCCAAUUUCAAGCUCAUUAUCUUUCAUUGUCUAUUAACUUGGCAAUGGUUCAGAAGGUAGCUCAUAAUAGUUUAAAAUGCUGACUGAACACUUCCAGUGUUCAGCAUUACUUCUUGAGUCAAUAGUAUCGUAGAGUUAUACAUGGGGGCUUCAAAGGGAAAACAGUCCUUAAAUGUUUACCUUGACAUUUCCCAGUGCUUCAAGCCCAGCUAAUAGGUGUGUUCACAUGGAUCUUCACCCCACCUGUGGAUCCCCAGCUCCUAAACAGAGCAAAGGCGUGCAAAAAAUGGAAAUAACAGUGGACAAAAUACUGAUAUAAAAUUAGGACGGGGUGAAAAUGUGUGCGCAAGCCCCGUAGGCAAAAUGCUAAUUUGCUUGAAGGAUUCUUCUCUUUUUUUAAAGAAUUCCUUGAGCUGAUUUGCAGGCAGAAGCUGGAGGUGUUUAUCCUACCCCUCGUAUACAUGGGCUUGUGCAGCCCCGUUCAGAUCUUCUGAGAGUUCAAGCUGAACGUCUGCAACAGGUAGCAACGGAGCUGAGUGGGGGAUCCUUUUAAAAUGAGUAAGGCAGAGCCUAAUCCAGCACCUGUGAGCACCAGAAGAAAGAUCCCUGUUGUCUUUAAUAGGCUUUGGAUCAGCUCGGGGAAUGCUGUUAGAGUUGUCUUUUUGUACCUACACCCACGUAACGCCAAGUCCUCUUUCACAGUGGAACCAUCCGUAAAACCUCCUAGAAAAUGCUGACUUAGAGCUGUGCUGUUAAUGUCAUUAUAGGUGGAACUAUGCUGCUUUUUUAGGAAGCUGAAAAGAGCGAAAUCAGUAAGGGUAAACAGCACUUGCACCAUAUUAUCACUUCUUUUUCAGAUCACUCUAAUAUUAUCUCUGUUAUAGCGGAAUAGGAAAGGGACCCCAGCACAGGACUCCAUACCAACCAGCUCCCUUUCCUUCAGAAACCUUCCUGCCACACUCUCUGCUUCAAGUUUAUAAAGUUAUCUGGGAAAUUUUAAAAGUAAAAAAUGCUUUAUAAACAAAUAGUGCUUUUGCUGGUUGGAGUUUCGGCUCCAUAGGUUGGGAAGUAAUCGCCAUCGGAAGUAUCUUGGCUCAUCCUUUUACAUAUUGCUGAGAUUUUAUUACUAAGGAUAUCUACAGUAAUUAGACAGCGGACUAAUUAAACAGGCAGUUUAUUCCUUCAGUUGUCCUCGGUGCUUGUGCUGACAAAAUCAGGGGCAGAAAGAAGGAUAGAUGGCAGCGGGGCAGUCGGCUUAGGGACGGGACACAGGGAGUAUCCCUGUGAAAAUGCACAGACCAAGGCAUGAAGCUGUAAUAGCUUAACUGCAGAGAGCAGAUUCAUGCUGGCAGACUUCUAGAAAUGCCCAUAAUGUAAGCACCUAUGAAAACCUUUCCAAGUGAUGCAUUGCUCACCCUGGGCAUUCUCACAGCGCCAGGGCCGGCUCAUCUGCAUUUCAGCCUUGCCUUCUCCCGGUUAUUAGCAGAAGAUUGAGAUGAGAGGGAAGCAAAUCUCAUUUGUUAUCAAUUAUUUGUUCUGUUCCAGUUUUAUGGAACCAAACUCUAGUUCUGGGUGUUUUUAGCUGCCAAAGUAAGCACUGGAGUGAAGGAAGUAACAACAGGGCAUCGGUUGUAGUACACCAGAGAACCUGUCAGUGCUUGCAAGCACCCUAUCUAGCAGAUUUAAAGUUAAAAAAAUAAAAUAAAAUGGGUCAAAGCAUUUGUUUCUGCAUUAUUUUCUUUAAGUUUACCUUUCAGUUCCCUCACUUGAGUUUCUUAAUUUAAAACAGCAUGUAUAAAGAGUAUACAGUGGAGAGGGACAAGAAGAGUUGCCAAAAGCCAGGCAUGGAAGGAGCUGACAACUUUAAAUAAUCUCUCCCAGCCCUCCCAGCUGAAUGAGUGCUGGUUGACAUGCUGUCAGCUUCAGUUCCUACAGAAAAUCCUACUCUCACUCAUGCUUGUUUAACGGAGAAAAGAAUUUGGCCCACUUUCUGACAUUCAUCUUCUCAUUUCCAUCACACUACAGAAGCUCACCUGCCUAGGAAAAGACACAUGGCGUGAUUUUUUUUUCUUUCUUACACCACUGUAGAAGGAAAUCUGCUGAAUUCAAAGGGAUUAAACUGCUGUAAAAUCAAAUUAAGAUCCCAGUUAGACCGUAGACAUCUGAAUUGUUUCCAGUCUCAGGGUUUGGCUGUAUAGGGCAGUUCUUACAAAACUUUCUUUUUUCUUUUCUUUUCUUUUUUUUUUUUCUUUUCUUUUUUCCCUGAUUUGAGAUAAAGCAGUAUCUUGGGUAUUUCAGGGAAUCGUGUAGAAGGGAAAACUGCUCCUGGUCCAGCUUUCAUACUUAGGCAGCAGGAGACAAUCUCAGCCUAAGGAUAUGGGCGCUGGACACGUGAGGAUGCAGGGGAGCCUCACAACAGAUGUCCCAUCAGCCACUCAGCCCUGUUGCAGGGAGCAGUAGCUGUUCAUAGUUCUUGCACAGGCCAUGCAAGAGCUGGGGACGAUGCCUCUGCCUUUAUCCUUACCCAGUCCCCAGCAAAAUCCCGUGAGAAAUUAAUUUUUCCAUAAGCAGUGUGGUCUAGUGGAAGGUGUCCCUGUGCAUGGCAGGGGGUUGGAGCAAGAUGGUCUUUAAGGUCCCUUCCAACCAUUCCAUGAUUCUAUGAUAUAUUUACUGAUGUUGUUAAAAGCAUUUCCUUCAAUUGGCUCAGGUUUUCCCCCACCUUUAGUUUCACUGACUCUUGUUCUGGAGUUGGUCUCUUGGAAGCAGGAGCUCCCCAUCCAUCUUUUGUAUAUCAUUCAUUAUUUUGUAAACAUUUGUCAAACAUUUUCAGCAUCCCAGUCUUUAAACUCUCUCCUUGUGAAUGUUAUUCCAUGUUUAUACUCUAAUCCCUCAUCAUUCAAACCAUUUUGAUGCUUGAGAGCUGUUUUUGUGCUGGUGUGAUCAUUGCUUUACAGAGAAUUCUAGGCCAUGCCAUUGGUUUAUGUGAUGUGUAGUACUCUGAUAAUUUUCAACCUGUUCCUUAUGGAGCAAAUCCUACUGUUUACUUUUUAAUGGUGAAUGUAUAUUGAGCAGAUGUUUGCUUACAGUGUUCUCCAGAUCUUUUGUCCUGAGUUGAUAAAGUUAAUUCAGAGCUUUAUAGGGUAUGCAAAUAGUACUAGUAUUUUCAUCCAUCCUGCUGGCUUUCUGUUCAGCAGCAGAACAUGUUUGCAGAGGAAAAAAAGAAGGAAUUGUCUUGAAUUUGUGCUUUGACCUGGUUAGCAUUAGGUGCAGGUCAGAAGGAGGUCAGAAACACAAGUGAGAAACUUGCAUUUUCCUCCUGAGAUUCUCAGUUUCCACUGAAUUUAAUUUAAAAUGGUUUCAGAGAUGGUUUAGAUCUGUGUGGGAAGGUUGUCACAGCCUGGGAGCUCUGGAGUGCAGUGUGCUGUGUCCAUUCUCUCCCAUCUCUAUUUCAGUGCUUAGUCAUGGGAUCCUUAGUAAAAUGCAUAUAACAUUAGGAUUUCUUAGGUGAAAGAAAACUCUGGUCGCUUUUUCAGAACAUGGAAUCACAGUGUAGUUAAGAAAGGUGUCUCUGGAGGUCACCUGGCCAGCCUCUGAUCAAAGCAGGGCCAGCUUCGAAGCAGGAUCUGACUUCAGAGCUGGAUUAAGUUGUUCAGGGUUAGACUGAACUCUUGAUACUUUUCUUUCCCAUAUGUUUGGUUGAUCUAGGUGAAAUACACCUCUAGCUUAGGAGGUUUGCUCAGGUGGGAAGGGCUGCUGGACUGUGAGACACAGUUUAAGCAUUUUGGGUCAAGCUUAGGUCUUCAGGCAGUGCGUGGGUCUGGAAGCAGCUGUGAGAUCUGCUAGCUGAUGUGAAUCCUCGCUGUGGAAGAAAUGAGCUGGCAGGAGGGCUGUUGAAGUUGUAUGAUAGCUCAUUUUGGGGUCCAGCCAUAGAUGUAUAGACACAAUAUAUGUGUAGAUAGACGUAUGUAUAGGUGUCCUGUACCUGAAUUUCUCCCAGGGCUUGCCAUGCUCUUGACUCUCAGAGAUAUAUAUCCAGGAGACUUCAGCUCUUUGAAAGUCAUAGAAUCAUACAAACAUUUAGGUUGGGAAAGACCCUUAAGAUCAUUGAGUCCAACCAUUAAGCCAGCACUACCAUGAUCACCACUAAGCCUUGUCCCCAAGUGUUGGUCCGUAGCUUGUAGCAGUUGGCUGCACCUGUGGAGCAGGAUUAAAGCAUUCCUUAGGAAAGCAGUUAUGGGUGCAACUUUCAGCAGAAACACCAGGACUUGAAACUUUUUUAUUUUGACAGUGUUAGAUAGCUUCCAGGGUAGUUUUAGAAAGUAAAUGAAAACUGGCAGAUGAGCCACAGCCGCUCUAAAACAGUAGAAGGAGAAAUGGGUCAGAGAAAUAGGAUUGGGUUUGGAAGAAAAGUUGCAAAAAGCAUGAAAGCUCUUUUUUUUUUUUUUUUAGUAAAGUUUAUUCAAAAGUACCUUGAGAAAGGAAGCCUGAAACUGUUUUCCUGCUGUUGUGGAUGGUCAGUGUGUUCUGAACCAUCCUAUGCAAGGCACCCACCAGUGUGUCCUGUGUAGAUUUGAAUCCAAAAUUUUAGGGUUUUUUGUUUAAAGACAUCAAGAAUGAAAUAAGUUUUAAAAGGCCACUAUAAGAAACAGUUUGGUCAGGGAAAUACUUUUACUCUAUUGAGGAGUAUUAAAUAGCUCUGCCUUGGGCCUUACAGUGCACCCAAUUAAUGUAAAAGCAACAGUGACUUUUGAUGGUGGUUUCCAAAGGUGCUUGGAGUUUGAAAACUGAGCUCCAAAAAUAAUUGCUAAAAACUGUUUUCCACCUUGUUUCUCCCCCCUUAGUCACUUGCAGAGGGAAGGAGCUGGAUCACAGAGUAAAUCUGCUCUGAUACAAACUGGCUCUGUAAAUCACUUUGCUGCCUUGCCUGCAAAAUCUCAGGUUUUGUGUUGAAUAAUAGUCUCCAAAUCUUACUUUUUUUAAGAUGAUUUGUGCCAAAUCAGUACUGUCUGCUGGAACUCCCAACUGUCCUGAAUCAGCUGGCCUGAAUGGAUGAACACUCCUUAUUAAAUUCUAAAGGUUAAUUCUGGGUCUAAUGAUGGCAGGGUAGAUAUUAAGUGUUUCAAUUCUGAUCUUAGGAUGCCAGAAACAAGUAAGUUGAUUAUUUCAUGGAAGAUACUGUAUUUCUACUGACAUUAUGCUGCCUGUUCUUUAUGGGGAGAUCUUGCUUUAUGUGAAAACUUUGCUUUUCUUUAUCUCUGCAUAUUUGGUAGAAUUUGUUUAUGGAAUGACUGUUCCUUGAAAAACUUAAUGUCCACACCUUUGCAUAUUUGUCACCCUCCAAAAAAAGGAGGUUACUCUCAAAUAAAUCCCAGACUGAUGAUGUUCUAAACAGGAGAACUAGGCCCUUGCUCCUGCUGGCUUGUGGUUCUGCCAUGCCUGAGGGUGAAAGGGGCAGGCUGGUCCCCAUGAGUGUUCCAUCUAUGGUGUGUCUACUGAGACCAACCAGUAAAGCAAAGGGAUAUAUGAUGGUGCUCAUCCAGGAGCAAAUAACCUGGGCCUGAUGACCAGCUUACCUGUCUUUUAAAAAACCCCACUGAAUUAACCCUGUUUUUAGAUAAUGCCAUGUAAGCAUUCCCUGACCAACUGGCUUCCACCCCUUCAGAAACCCUUCCAGUGUGAGAGACGUCCCCUUUGUGUCCCAGCUUCUAACAGGGCUCCGUGUGCUUCUCUCUUGUGCUUCCUCGCAGGGCGAGACGGCCGGGUUUUCUUGGGCAGCGCUCGGCAGUAAAUUCAGGUCUCUGCUCGCAGCAGAACCGAGGGAAGAUUUGUGACAGAUGGGGCUAAGUCACAAACUUGCAGCCUCAGGC